UACUCUAUUUAUAUCUUUCUUUCUUCCAAAUUCCAAUCAAAAUCUAUUUCCUACAGAAAAAAGAAAGAAAUGAAGAAGGAAAUAAGAAUUCCAUUAAUAAGUGUGUUAAUACUAUUAACAAUGGCUACAGCAACCAUAGAUCAAAGCCCAAAAGCAGUAGAAAAAUGGUUCAAAAAUCUUCAUUAUUCAAAAAAGCCCAAAACAACCAAAUUUCACUUCUACUUUCAUGAAAUAUUUGGAGGAGAUAACCAAACAGGUCCUCUAAUUGCUCAAGCCAACAUUACAGCUCAAUCACCCACAUUCUUUGGCAUGUUGAGAAUGUUCGACAACCCGUUAACUGUUGGGCCGGAUCUCAAUUCCAAACAAGUGGGCCGAGCCCAGGGAAUUCAUGGGUCGCCAUCGAUGAGUGAAUUGGCCUUGUUUUUCAACUUCAAUUUUGUGUUCACUGAUGGCCCUUACAAUGGUAGUACUGUAAGUGUGAUGGGCCGGGUCGCUGAAUCACAGGAAUACAGAGAGUUGUCGAUUAUUGGUGGAUCCGGUGUUUUCCGGCUUGCUAAGGGUGUCGCUACCGGGAAGACUUAUUUUUCUAAUGAUACACUUGUGAUUGUUGAGUACAAUCUUAUAAUACUUCAUUAUUGAAUUGUUAUUAUAAUGUGCAAGUCAACUUACAUAAUUGCUACUUGUUUUUUGGGUGCAUGUUUAAUAAAAAUGUUAAAAAUAAAGUUUUUAUUGAAUUUUUGGAUAUAUGAGUGGAGCCACCUUUCGCCAAGGAUGAUAUGCAUAUUUUUCGUCGGAAAGUUACAACAUAUCUAUAAAUGUUAAAUGUUAAUUAGUAUGAAUGUG